AUGCCGGACAAGAUCGACCCGCCUCACGCGACGGGAGCGGCGGAGCAGACGGUCCAAAAGCACUUGUCCCCACACGACCUCGUCUUCCAUGCCGGAUGGUUCUGCCCUUUCGUUCAGCGCGUAUGGAUCGCUCUCGAGGAGAAAGGCAUUCCCUACGAGUACAGAGAGGUGAACCCUUACAAAAAAGAGCCGCACUUCCUCAAGAUCAACCCGAAAGGACUCGUCCCGGCUCUCGAGCACGACAAUAAGGCGCUCUACGAGUCGCUCGUGCUCCUCGAGUACCUCGACGACGCCUUCCCCGACUCUGCUAUCCGCCCGAGUGACCCUCACGAGCUUGGGCUCGUCCGUCUCGCCUGCCAGCAGAUCUCGAACGUCGUCGUCCCGGCUUUCUACCGCUAUGUACAGGCUCAGGAGACCGACAAGCAGAAGGAGGGUCACGAGGCGUUUGUCAAGGCUCUGAGGGACGUCCACGAACAAUGGUUCGUCAAGGGCGGCGAGUGGGCUCGAGGCGACAAGUUUGGAUGGGUCGAUUGCGUCCUCGGACCUUGGGUCGCGAGGUUCACGCUGCUCGAGAAGCACCGCGGGUUCAAGGCGGAGGACGUCGGACCCGAGUUCAGUGCUUGGUGUGACAGGGUGCUAGAGAGGCCGUCUGUCAAGGCGACGUCAAGUUUGCCCGAAAACUACGAGAACGUGUACCGCAGGUACUUCGAGAACACAGCAGAGUCGGAGGUCGCCAAGGCGACGCGCAAGGGCGAGUGGCUCAAAUAG